CAAGCUGAGCCGAAAAGCGAAUUUGAGUCGAUGACCUUUCAAGUGGAGAAAAGGCACAUAUUAUUUGAACAGUUAUAUCACAAAAAAUUGUAUCUGACAAUUGUACGGUUUAAAAAAUGUCUACUCCAGCACGAAGGCGACUUAUGAGGGAUUUUAAAAGACUUCAAGAGGAUCCUCCAGCCGGUGUUAGCGGUGCACCGUCAGAAAACAAUAUCAUGGUAUGGAAUGCAGUGAUAUUUGGACCAGAAGGAACUCCAUUUGAAGAUGGUACAUUCAAAUUGACAGUAGAAUUCACAGAAGAAUACCCAAACAAACCACCCACAGUUAGAUUCAUCUCAAAAAUGUUUCAUCCUAAUGUAUAUGCAGAUGGAAGUAUAUGCCUUGACAUCCUACAAAACCGUUGGAGUCCAACUUACGACGUGUCAUCAAUUCUUACCUCAAUCCAGUCUUUGCUUGAUGAACCAAAUCCAAACAGUCCAGCUAACAGCCAAGCAGCUCAACUUUACCAGGAAAACAAGCGGGAGUAUGAGAAGCGUGUGUCAGCUAUUGUCGAGCAGAGCUGGAGGGACAGCUGACCUUACACUGCAGAACACAGAACUUUGUGUGGUUAGAGUUUAGUUGAGUGAACUGUGAGGAAGUUUAUUUUUUUCUUCCUCCUCUCUCUGUCUCUCACACAACUUUCAUACUGUUAUGAUGCACUUUACCCAAAAUCCAUCCCUUUUUCCCCUUGGAGAAAUUGUGCUCAGCCAAUAUCACUUGGUCAUUUUCUAACCAAAAAGUGACUAUACAUUGUGUUAGCCUGGACUAUACGAGGAUAUAUGCAGGGGCCAUUUUUUCA